AUGGCAGGCCGGGCCCCACCCACACAGCUGCAGCUGGCAAUACAGGCACUGCUGCAUGAAGAGGACUUGGCCAUUUCUUCUUUGGCACAACUGCCCAUGGAGCUUUUCCCAGUAAUGUUUGAGGAUGCCCUCACCCAAAGACGUACAAAGGUCCUGAAAGCCAUGGUGCCUGCCUGGCCCUUCCCGUAUCUUCCUGUAGGAGCCCUGCUAGAGGAACCCGACCUGGAGAUUUUGAAAGCACUGCUCGAUGGGGUGGAUGUGUUGAUCACACAAGGGGUUUGUGGCAGGAGGCCAAAACUCAAAGUGCUCGACUUGAGGAAAGUCUACCAUAGCUUCUGGAGCAAAUGGGCUGGUUCCAAAGAAGGUGAAAGCUUACCACAGGUCAGGGCACAGAAGCAGACAGUGGAGAGCUGUCCUGGUCUUGGUGAGAAGAUACAGUUUAAGGUGGUAACUAAUUUUAUGCUCUCGGAGGCCAGUUUCAGUGAAUAUACCCAAUACUUGUUGCAGUGGGCCCGAGGGAGAAAAGAUUACAUUUGCCUGUGCUGUAGGGAGCUGGGGAGUCAUAAAUUACCCAUACCUACUGUCAUAGAGCUCUUCAAAACAGUGGAUCUCGACUGUGUCCUGGACCUGGAGCUUUGUUUGUGGUGGAUUGAUUGUGUAGUAUACCUUUAUCCUUACCUGGGGCAGAUGAGAAAUCUCCACACUUUCAGGCUAAACAGCUGUAGAGGACUCUUCAGUCUUGAUGUUUCUGCAGAGAAGGAAAAGGAACUGACAAACAUGUUGCUUUAUCAGUUAUCCAAACUCCACAGUCUCCGGCAUCUCCGUUUAUAUGGAGCCUACUUUCUAGAAGACAACCUUGCAGAGUUGUUCAGGCACCUGAGGAACCCCUUGAAUUCCCUGUCAAUUACUUACAGCAAAAUCUCACAGUCAGACUUUAAUUACCUGACCCUUGGCCUGAAUGUUUCUGAGCUCAAACAUCUGUUCCUGAGUGGUGUAGUGCUAACUGAUAUUUGCCCUGAGUUUCUUGGGAUUCUCCUUGAGAGAGUCUCAAGUAUCUUGGAAACCCUGGAUCUGGAGGAGUGUAAAAUGAGGGACUCUCAUUUCAAUGCUAUGUUGCCUGCCCUGAGCCAGUGCUUCCAGCUUGAAAAGAUCCUUCUCGAAGAUAAUGAUAUCUCUCUACUUGUCCUGAAAAACCUUCUACAUCACACAGGCAAGCUGAAAAAACUGAGCUUAGAAUACUACCCCGCCCCUCUGGAAUGCUAUGAGGGCCUCAGAAUACUAACAGAGAAAUUUCUGCAAUUUUGUCCAGAGCUGCUGGGGAUAAUCUGGGCCCAAAGGGAGCCCAAGAAGAUCUACAUUAAUACAAAAACAUGCCUAACCUGUUUCGUUUGCUGUUCAUAUGGCUCGAUAACCACCCUUUGCCUUUGUAAGUAG